AUGGCGAGCUCGUCCAGCAAGCCCCCGCCGGAGGAGCGCGCCGCGGAGAUCAUCAACAGCCUCCCCUCCUCCCCCAACCUCGUCACGAAAACUGGCUCCGUCAUCCUUGGCACGGGUCUCGUCGCGACCGCCAUCUCGCAGGAGCUCUACGUCGUCAACGAGGAGACUGUCAUCGCUGCCGGCUUCUUCAUCCUCAUCUCCUUCAUUUACAAGGCUGUGAAGGAGCCGUACCGCGACUGGGCGGAGGGUCACAUCAACCGCGUCAAGGACAUCCUGAACGCGUCCCGCACCGAGCACACCCAGGUCGUCAAGGACCGCAUCCAGUCUGUUGAGCAGAUGAAGGAUGUCGUCUCCGUCACGGAGGGUCUCUUCGCGCUCUCGAAGGAGACCGCGCAGCUCGAGUCCGAGGCAUUCGUCCAGCGCCAGAAGGUUGCUCUUGCGACCGAGGUCAAGACCGUCCUCGACAGCUGGGUCCGCUUCGAGCAGCAGGCGAAGGAGAGCGAGCAGGCCGACCUCGUCAAGACCGUUGUCGAGAACGUGCUCAAGAACCUCAACAACGAGAAGACGCAAAAGGAGGUCCUUGCCGGUGCCAUUGCCGAGAUCGAGCAGCUCAUCAAGAACAAGGCGAUCUGA